CUGGCACGUGAUUUCCGCAGCUUUAUGACAAAUGAAGUUCACCUGAUAAUUCCCGAAAGCAGCACGUGGCUCUGAAUUUCUAGGAAUGCCGUGAAUUAUGAUAAAUCUGGGAGAUGGGCUACAGGUGCUCUCAGUGGCAGCCUCUUGUGCACUUUGAAAGUCAAAAGUCGCACAACGAGAACGGUAGUUACUCAAAGACGUGUGACAGUCACAUGCCAAUGUGGGUAGUUUGACUCCGUUUCCCAGGAUUCCUUGCGGUGGCUACCAACACGGAUUUCGUAGGAAACCUGUGGGCGGAGCCGCGAGGGGUGCCGGGAAAGCGAGGAAUAUGGCUGCUGUGUUGGUGUUCUCAUCCCCUUUCCCCAAACUCCGUCGUUUUCUCCGAAACUGCUGGGGGCAGCUUGGCGGCCACGCAGGGCCAUGGGCUCCUGCUUUAGCAGUACAAGCUCCAGAUUCUUUACUCAAUCCUGGGGAAGAGAAAACUGAGUAUUUUGAAAACCCCAGCUUUUUAGACAGCAUACUUUGGAUGCCAGCUCCAAAGUCAAGGCGAACAAUUGAAGUGAAUCGCACCAGACGAAGGAAUUCUAACCAUCUUCUAAAAAUAAAGAGAAACAUAGAUAUUUGUCCUGAAUGUGGCAACCUGAAAGAGAAGCAUGUUCUUUGUGGCUAUUGUUAUGAAAAAGUUAAACAGGAAACUUAUGCCAUAAGAAAUCAAAUUAGAUUAUUGGAAAAUGGACCACAUAAGGCUCCCAUUAUAGAAAGUAUUGUGCUCUAUACAGGAGAAAAACCCAGAAAUGAAGAUGAAGGCAAGCGAAUUAUCGAAAGGAACAGGAAACGUCCAUCUUGGUUUACAUUGGACUAAACAGACAUCAAAGUGGAAUGGUUGAUUCCCUUAUACAAAUACUAGUUUGGAUAGUAAUACAUUCAGAAGACUGUACUGUACUUUAUACUGUAGUUGCUCAAGCAUGCUAUUUGCAGGACUAUGUGUGUGAGUGUUUGUACUUUUUUUUAUAGAGUCUGGGUUUUAUUUUGUCUUUUAACAUUCAUCCAGAAUUUAAUUCUACAUUUGGAAUCUGUAUGGAUAGGGGAAUUGGCUGUUAACGUAGUAAUACCAUAAGCUUAUAGUAACCUGUCCUAAAUAAGUUAUCAUUUGCAGAAGUGGUAUGUAAUUGCAUACAAAGAUGGAUUGUAUGUUAUUUCAAAUUGAAUUUAAAAUGCAUUUGCAAUUAAAGCAUAUUCAAUUUCA